AUGGAUAUCAAAAUCUCAAGUGCGCUGGAUUGGUGGGAUGUGUGGAAGCUCCGCCUCCUCGUCCUUGCCAGCACCGUAAUCCAGUUUUUCCUCUUCUUCUAUGGUGCGGCAAGGAGGGUCCCAGUAAAGCGAUGGAUUAGGGUAUGCAUUUGGCUUGCGUACAUCGCUGGGGACUCCGUGGCAAUCUACGCCCUGGCCAGCCUCUUCAACCGCCACAGCCGGGCCGCCGCUGCCACAGUGGGAUCCAAGCUUGAGGUGCUGUGGGCGCCCAUCCUCCUCAUCCAUCUCGCCGGUCAAGAGCAGAUCUCCGCCUACAGCAUCCAGGACAAUGAGCUGUGGGCGCGGCACAUCGUCACCCUGGUGGCCCAGGUGACGAUCGCUCUCUAUAUGUUCUGCGUGUCCUGGUCCGGGGACAGGAGGCUGCUUGCAGCGGCCAUUCUGAUGUUCAUCAUUGGUAUCUACAAGUUCAGCACCAAGCCUUGGGCUCUCAAGAGGGCCUGCUUGGGAAACCUGUCAUCCAUGCGACGAAUUCUUCUCGCGAACUUGGACGUCAAUCAUAAGUUCAUAACGAAGUGGUACGUUGGUGACGCUGAACCAGAUGCACAGAUACAAGCUGUGGUUGACCAACGAGAAAAGGAAGCAACAGAAGAAGAGCUGGACCUCAGUGAGUACAUGCACAAGAUCCAAGAAGCAAGAUCAGGAGUCCAAGCGACAUUGCACCUUGCCGAUACAUUUGAAUUUGCGGCCGACAUCCUUGUCCCCUACUCUCGACGCCUGAAGAUUCUGCAAUUUAUGUUCACUUAUGGUUGUAAGAAUAGUAGAUUUGCAGGUGCAGUUAGGCGUGGGCUCGAUGAGAUAUAUUCCCGUCUGUACACCAGGGUGAAUGUUGCCACGACAUCAAUCGGCCUGGUUGUCCGGGUCGUCACCUUCUCUUUGGCCGUCGCGGUGAUCGCCCUGUUCGCCCGGACCCCGAAGUCCCAAGACGAUGGAGUCGAUGUCAAAGUGACGUACAUCCUCUUCAGUGGGAUUGCUCUACUGGAGUUUCUCUCCUUCGGAAACAUCAUCGCCUUGAAGUGGAUGUUUUGGGUUCUAUGGCCAGCUGAUUUCACAAUGCAAAACAUGGUUCCCCAACAGAGCCUGAUAUCGAGUGCCGGCCGGAGGAGGAAACCCCCAACACUCCUCUGGCUCGCCGCAUGUAUCGGCUACGACGACUACGUCAACCGGCACUGGUACAUCGAGCAGACACCAGCCUCGGACUUGAUCCACGAGGUGGUGCUUGCCCACGUCAACAAAGGGCUGGGUGAGUACAUACAUGGCGACCCUAGCAUGUAUAGGAGGUUCAACGACCUCAGGGGCCAUGGGCGGGACUGCAUUGGGCCCCUCAUCCCCAGAGCGUGCGAGCUCGCCGACGCGCUCCUCCAGCUGCUCCGGCUCCAUGAGAAGGAGACGUGGGAGAUGGUGCAAGAUGUGUGGGGGGGGAGAUGCUCUGCUACGCAGCCACACGGGGCCGCGGGCACAUGCACGCCGUCAGCCAUGCUGAGCGAUGGGAGCUUCUCAGCCGUCUAUGGCUUCUACUCUGCUUCAUGGGAAUGGAGACCUUAG